AUGGACGACUCUUCUGGAUUGUCUUUUGGUCAUAUAUCAUAUGUCACCCUAGAGUCGGUGCUCCAGGUAGUUAUUGUUGCGUUUUCGGGGUUUUGGUGUGCGUACACGGGGCUGUUGCCAAAGCAGGGGCAAAAAGUGAUUUCAAGGCUUAAUGUGGAUGUCUUCACACCAUGCCUGAUCUUCAGCAAGCUGGCACGGAGCUUGUCGCUGGCUAAGAUUCUAGAGAUCGCAGUCAUCCCUGUCUUUUACGCGAUGACGACCGGCGUGUCGUUCAUGUCAGGAAAGCUGAUGAGCCGAAUUUUGGGUCUGGACAAGGACGAAUCGAACUUCGUGGUAGCGAACUCCAUUUUCGGUAACAGCAACUCGCUGCCUGUCUCUCUGACAGUGUCUUUAGCGUAUACGCUUCCAGGUCUGCUGUGGGACGAGAUUAAAGACGACAACCGCGACAACGUGGCCAGUAGAGGCAUCCUCUACCUGCUGAUUUUCCAGCAGAUCGGGCACGUCUUGAGAUGGUCGUACGGAUACAACACGCUCAUGAGAUGGUCGGGCGACAGAGGUCAUCCCUCAAUCGCUAGCGUCUCGGAACAGCUGGAGGUCCCAGACAGUGAAGCGGGCCGCUCUGAGACGCCCAGUGGUAUCUCCGCUAGGUCUUACAGCUCGCUGUACAAGCUCAAGGGCAAGGUCAUGAAAAUGUGGGAAAAAAUCCAGGCGGUUAUGAACCCUCCUCUGUGGGCCAUGGUCAUUAGCGUUUUUGUGGCCUCUGUCCACCCCAUUCAGCACGAGUUUUUUAGCAAAAACGGUUUUAUCAACAACACGCUGUCGGACGCCAUCAAAGAGCUUGGCGCCCUCUCGAUUCCCCUGAUUUUGGUGGUGCUGGGCUCUAAUCUGUACCCCUCGCAGGACACCCCUCAGAUGACACGCAAUCAUAAGAAGAUGGUGCUCGGGUCGAUUGUGGGGCGUAUGAUCUUGCCCUCGUGCUUCAUGCUGCCUGUCAUCGCUUUGGCAGUCAAGUACAUUAAGGUGAGCAUUUUGGAUGACCCAAUUUUCUUGGUGUGUGGUUUUAUCCUCACCAUUUCCCCACCAGCGAUCCAGCUAACGCAAAUCACGCAGCUAAACGAAUUUUUCGAGGCUGAAAUGGCUAGCGUGCUGUUCUGGGGCUACGUUGUUCUGUCUCUCCCCAUUAGCAUUUUCGGCGUAACCGCGGCAAUGACCGUUCUCAAGUGGGCCGCUUGA